CAGGGGUUUGGGGCUGGACAACGGUCCCGUCAAGUGUGGCCACCAGAGGGAGCAGCUGGGCCUCAUUUGGCCCCUUUGCGCCUCCAUGACAGCGCCCACCACACCCUCCAGGAGCCUGGGGAGGGGGCUGGCUCGCCAGCGACCCCGACAGCGGCAGCACUCCCCCUCCCAUCUGCCGAGCCAUGUGGUCCCCACUCUGCCGCCAUCCUCCGUAUACUGUCUGAAUGGGUUGACUGGGGCUCUGGGGAGGGGGCCGGCUGGGCGUGGCCAGGACAGGACCAGCCCGGGGCGGCCCCGCCCCCUCUCCAGGGGCCACCCAGUCCCUCUCCCCAUAGCAGCUCUUCCUAUGGCCUCUGACCCCCUCCUCCUUUCUACCCAGCACUCGGGGACCCAGCAAGUCCCUCUCCUAAAUCAUCAGGGAGAAGGAGCGUGGGAGCAGGCCACCAGCCGGGAGAGGCCGGGAGGCCAGCAGACAGGGACCUGCGGGGACUGGGAGACUGGACAGAACCAGAGACAAGGACAGGGAGACAAAGGCAGGCAGUGGGAGAGAAGGGAGCAGGCUAACUCAGAGACAAGCAGAGAGGGAGGGGAAAAAAGCAGGGAGGAAGGCAGGCUGGAAAGGAGGCCCCCCGGGGCCAGGGUCAAGGCCAGGGUGGGGAGGACAGGUGGGAUGCAGGGGUGCCUAGCACAGGGGAGUUAGUGGGAGAGGGCAAGGGGCACUUUGGCAGGGGGAGGGGGCAUGGGAGGGGCAGCCCCGCUGCUGUUGCUGCUGCUGCUGCUGCUGGAUGGACCAGGGCCGGGGACAGCCUGGAGAGCCCCGAAGAGCAAGUGUUCUCCCAGCUGUUCCUGCUCCAAAGACACCGCCCUGUGCGAGGGCUCCACGGAGCUGCCCAGGAGCCUCCCGCCCACACUGCUGUCCCUCUCACUCGUCAGGACUGGACUCACCCAACUGAAGGCCGGAAGCUUCCUGAAGGUGCCGUCUCUGCACCUGCUCCUCUUCACCUCCAACUCCUUCUCUGUGAUUGAGGAUGAUGCGUUUGCAGGCCUGUCCCACCUGCAGUAUCUUUUCAUCGAGGACAACAAGAUUGGCUCCAUCUCUAAGAACGCCCUCCGAGGACUCCGCUCGCUCACACACCUAAGCCUGGCCAAUAACCACCUGGAAGCUCUGCCCAGGUUCCUGUUCCGAGGCCUGGAGACCCUGACUCAUGUGGACCUCCGCGGGAACCCGUUCCAGUGCGACUGUCGUGUCCUCUGGCUGCUGCAAUGGCUGCCUACUGUGAAUGCCAGCGUGGGCACUGGGGCCUGUGCGGGCCCCACAGCCUUGACCCACAUGCAGCUCCAUCACUUGGACCCAAAGACCUUCAAGUGCAGAGCCAUAGAGCUGUCCUGGUUCCAGACAGUCCGGGAGUCCGCACUGGGUGUGGAGCCCUUCUCCUACCAGGGGGAGCUCCAUGUCAUCCUGGCUCAGCCCUUUGUUGGCCGUUGCCUGAUCCUCGCCUGGGACUACAGCCUGCAGCGCUUCCAGCCCAAGGAAGAGCUGGCAGCACCUUCGGUGGUGGCCUGCAAACCGCUGGUGCUGGGCCCUCGCCUCUUUGUGCUGGCUGCCCGCCUGUGGGGUGGCUCACAGCUGUGGGAGCGGUCUCGCCCGGAUCUGCGCCUGACCCUGACCCAGGCCCUGGCCCCACGGAGGCUGCUGCGGCCCAACGACGCCGAGCUGCUAUGGCUGGAAGGGGACCCCUGCUUUGUGGUGGCUGACGCCUCCAAGGCGGGCAGCACUACCUUGCUAUGCCGAGACGGGCCGGGCUUCUACCCGCGCCAGAGCCUGCAUGCCUGGCACCGGGACACGGAUGCUGAGGCCCUGGAGCUGGACGGCCGGCCCCACCUGCUGCUGGCCUCAGCCUCACAGCGGCCCGUGCUCUUCCACUGGCUCGGGGGCCGUUUUGAGAGGCGCACAGACAUCCCCGAAGCCGAAGACGUCUACGCCACGCGCCACUUCCAGGCCAGCGGGGACGUCUUCCUGUGCCUCACGCGCUACAUCGGGGACUCCAUGGUCAUGCGCUGGGAUGGCUCCAUGUUCCGCCUGUUGCAGCAGCUCCCUUCGCGAGGAGCUCACGUCUUCCAGCCGCUGCUCAUCGCCAGGGACCAGCUGGCCAUCCUGGGCAGCGACUUCGCCUUCAGUCAGGUCUUGCGCCUGGACUCUGACAAGGGACUCCUGGAGCCGCUGCAGGAGCUGGGGCCCCCGGCCUUGGUGGCCCCGCGGGCCUUCGCCCACAUCGCCGUGGCUGGCAGACGCUUCCUCUUCGCGGCUUGCUUCAAGGGCCCCACGCAGGUCUACCAGCACCGCGAGUUAGAUCUCAGCGCCUAACCCUGGACCGCGGGGCUGGGAGCUGGCGUGGACACUCGGAGCGAGACGGGUCCUGGGAGACGCUGACCACAGGCCGAGUUCCUCCGUCAACGGCCCACUUCUUGGAGGAUCUGGGCAUGCACGUGGACAACUGGAAAAUCCCAGCCCCAGAGCCUGACCAAGCUGAUCUUGCAGGGUCGGUGGACCCGCAGACAGCAUCCUUGCAGAGUCCGAAUGCAAUCCGUCCAAUCAAUCGCUUCCUGGGAGGAGGGCCUCCGUGACGUCACAGUUGCUGGGCAGCUUUCCCUUCUGGACUAACUCCCUCUACCGCUUGUGCGCAUGUCUGCUGCCGCCGGCGGCUCCAGGGCGGCUUCUCUCUGUCGCGCAUGCGCACGUGGAGAGUGGGCCGUGGUGGAGAAGCUAGGGUAUUUGGGGGAUCCUUGGAGACCCCUGGCCGUCCCAGGGGGUGAUCAGAGCAAGGAUAGAAAAUGUGUAAGAUCAAUAAAUGUGCCGUGCACCUGC